UCGAAGUGAAUUGUUUCAUAGUUCUGAUUUGGUAGGCUCAUUUGAAGAAACUCCAAAAUGGAAACACUGCUAGGAAUCCGUGGCCCAGACUUCGUGAUGCUGGCCGCCGACUGCACCCAUGCCCACUCCAUCAUGGUCCUGAAGGACGAUGAAAACAAGAUCUCCGAAGUCUCGGACACGGUGCUAAUGGCCACGAUGGGCGAACCGGGCGACCGGGUACAGUUCACCGAGUACAUCAGCAAAAACAUUCUGCUCUACAAAAUGCGCAACGGGUACGAGUUGGGGCCGAAAGCGGCGGCCCACUUCACGCGCCGCAAUCUGGCCGACUAUUUGCGCUCUCGUACGCCGUACCACGUUAACAUCUUGCUCGGCGGUUGCGACGAAGUGGACGGACCGCAGCUCCAGUACAUCGACUAUCUGGCCAACUCGAUGCCGGUCAAGUACGCUGCCCACGGAUACGGUGGCAUGUUCGUGGCGAGCAUUUUCGAUCGCUACCAUCACGAUCGGAUCACCAAGGAGGAGGCGUACGAAGUGUUCCGCAAGGGAGUGGCCGAAAUUCACCGACGCCUCAUACUGAAUCUGCCGAACUUUAAGGUCGCCGUAAUAGACAAGGAAGGAAUCAAGUAUCUGGCCGACAUUACACCCGAAACCCUGAAGCAACCGUCUGCCGUUUAAGCUAGAGUUUGUGGGGAAGGUUCUUUUUCGUUUUGCCGCACCAGGCUCGGAAUAAAAUCAUUCAUUUGUAAACAGUA